UACAUUUGUAUCGACUUCCAACUUUACAGCAAAUGACAGUGUGGGCUCAAAGUUUAUCUUCAGUAUUCUGGUUUGGAAAAAUAUUUCCAUGAUAUUUCUGUGCAAAAUGAAAUUUGUAUCCUUGUGCGUGCAAUAAAAUAUAGUGAAACCCACUGUGGGGUUACCAUGCUUUUCAAUGGGAGAGGUGGUUAGGUGUUCAAAGGGCUUAUUCACCUAACAAACGUGGGUCGCAGAUGGGUUGUGUGUGAGUCGAAGGGUUAACAUUCCCAUGUGAGCAACAGCCUAACUUAUCUUGGUAAAGGGCAGUCGCCUUCUUGUCGUAGCCUGUGAGGAUUCAGAGAAAGUUUGCUUUGCCAUGCUGAGCUCAGAAACUGAUGACCAACAACAUCCUGCUUAUGUAUAGACAGAGCUUUAGAUCACAAGGCAGGCAGUGGAGAGAAAUAGGCUUGGUCAGCUCAGGAUCCUUUGGGUUAUAUAAUACAUACAAGUCAUAAUCAGGCCUAAUUUGUCUUCCCAGUUUCACUUUGUCAGGGCUGUAAUUUUAACGUCCUGUGGUAACGUAACUACCUCUUUUGGCUUGUCAGAUGUAAAAGAUCCGUGGGCUUCAGCACAACACGUUAGUGCAGCCAGCUUUUCUUACAGAUCUCAUUAUUAGGGUUUAGUUUGUCUCUUUUUACAAGAGCCAGCUAGUUUAUCUUUCUCCAUUUUUAUUGCAUCUUCACUUCCACUGACAACGUGAGCUUAAAUGGCCCGAGUGCUUCAGGGUUGGUCUAGGUAGGACUCAACUGAAGCCUGCAUGUAGAGAGAGUUCUUUGUACAAAGUUGUUGUGUAAAUAUAUUUUUAUUUUACAACUCUCUCUGUAAAAUAGAAAUAUGUUAUCAAGAAAAAUUGUGUACCACAAUACCACAGGCCCAUACUAACUGUCCUUAAUUUCUCUCCUACAGCAGUACUGCUUUGCCAGUCCUGUACUGCACUCUGUUAAGGGUGCAGCAACUCAUCCUGUGUAGGUUAUGGGGAACACAGAGAACUGUGCACUUAUCAGUUUGGUCAGGGUCCACUGGCUACAACAAACCUCAACCCCAAAGUUUUUCUUUUUUAUUUGGCUUAUCAAUUUCCUUCAAAUUUAGAUCAAACUUCCCCCGCAUUCAUGAUGGAAAAUCACUGCCCAAAUAUUUGACUCUAUAUCUCAUCCUUAUUGAAUCAGUCCGCUUUGUCCUCAAAGGGAAGUCCGGAUCUGAAUGUGAGAUUAUUGGAUAAUUACAGGGCUGCUGUGACGUGUAAAUGGGGCUCUGGCAUGUCCUAUCGCCAUACUUCUGAUAGUUAGGAUGAUUAUUUUUUUGCCUCAUUUUUAAAUUAGAAUGCCAGAAUAGAUGCUCAUAUAUUUAAUGUUAAUGUCAUUCCUAGAUGUAGCCUCAACAUUUUCAUAUGCUAGUAUAAAGAAUUGGGAAUCUGGACCACAUGAUCUCCUUAUGAUUUUUUUCUUUUUCUAGUUUAGUGGUUAUGCCCCAAGAAGAUACUUUGUUUUUUGAGUGCCGUAAAUCAAUGCAACACAGGUGGUAUACUGUUGUGUGUGAGUUCAAACCCUUUUCCAAAGUGUUACUAAUGGUAAAGAGACAUUUUCUAGGCUUCUUUUCUGCCGGUUGAAGUCUGACUGCAGAGGGACCAUGGCACUGAAAGUGGGGCAAAACGCCGGACCCCAAGCUGCAGGUCAGGUCGUACGUGGACGUCAUGUUGGAGCAAAACCUGUCCAAAGAGGAGAGGGAGAUCCGUCUGCAGCUGAUAGAGAAGGCCAAAGCCGGGGAGCUGAAAGUCGUCAACGGGUCCGCUGCCUCCCAGGCUGCUGCUGCAAAACGUAAGCGUCGCUGGGACCAGACUGCUGACCAGACCCCCACUAAUACUACACCCAAAAAGAUGUCCAGCUGGGACCAGGCUGACUCCUCUGCUGAGACACCAGGACACACCCCAGGACACACCCCCGCACACACACCCUCAAGCACCCGAUGGGAUGAAACCCCUGGGCGUGCUAAGGGCAGUGAGACCCCAGGGGCCACUCCCAGUACCCGCAUGUGGGACCCCACUCCCAGUCACACACCAGCUGGCGCUGCCACCCCUGGCAGGGGGGACACGCCCGGCCACGCCACGCCUGGCCACGGUGGAGCCACAGGAAGCGUACGCAAGAACCGCUGGGACGAAACCCCAAAGACGGAGCGGGAGACCCCGGGACACGGGAGUGGCUGGGCUGAAACGCCGCGCACAGACAGAGGAGACGAGUCGGUGGGCGAGACUCCAACCCCAGGGGCCAGUAAGAGGAAGUCUCGGUGGGAUGAAACCCCGGCCAGUCAGAUGGGAUCCUCUACACCACUACUGACACCAGGAAAAACUCCCAUAGGAACGCCAGCUAUGAACAUGGCCACCCCAACACCAGGUCACCUGAUGAGCAUGACUCCAGAGCAGCUGCAGGCGUGGAGGUGGGAGCGGGAGAUCGAUGAGAGGAACCGGCCCCUCACAGACGACGAGCUUGACGCCAUGUUCCCAGAGGGAUACAAGGUUUUGCCUCCACCAGCGGGCUACGUGCCGAUCCGCACUCCGGCCCGUAAGUUGUCAGCCACACCGACCCCCAUCGGAGGCAUGACGGGCUUCCACAUGCAGGUGGAGGACCGCACCACCAAACAGAUGAAUGACCAGCCAUCAGGAAACCUGCCCUUCCUCAAACCCGAUGACAUCCAGUACUUUGACAAACUUCUGGUGGAGGUGGACGAGUCUACGCUGAGCCCUGAGGAGCAGAAAGAGAGGAAGAUCAUGAAGCUGCUGCUGAAGAUUAAAAAUGGAACACCGCCCAUGAGGAAGGCCGCUCUGCGUCAGAUCACAGAUAAAGCUCGUGAAUUCGGAGCGGGUCCGCUGUUCAAUCAGAUCCUGCCGUUACUCAUGUCGCCCACCCUGGAGGACCAGGAGCGCCACCUGUUGGUUAAAGUCAUCGACCGCAUCCUCUACAAACUGGAUGACUUGGUUCGACCAUACGUACACAAGAUCCUGGUGGUGAUUGAGCCGCUGCUGAUUGAUGAGGACUACUAUGCCAGAGUAGAAGGCAGAGAAAUCAUCUCUAACUUGGCGAAGGCUGCCGGUUUGGCGACCAUGAUCUCCACAAUGCGACCCGAUAUCGACAACAUGGACGAGUACGUGAGAAACACCACGGCCCGAGCCUUCGCCGUGGUGGCCUCCGCUCUCGGCAUUCCCUCUCUCCUGCCGUUUCUCAAAGCUGUGUGUAAAAGCAAGAAGUCCUGGCAGGCACGGCACACGGGCAUCAAGAUCGUGCAGCAGAUCGCCAUCCUCAUGGGCUGCGCCAUUCUGCCCCACCUCCGCAGCUUGGUGGAGAUUAUCGAACACGGUCUGGUAGAUGAGCAGCAGAAGGUGAGGACCAUCAGCGCUCUGGCUAUCGCCGCCCUCGCUGAAGCUGCUACUCCCUACGGUAUCGAGUCCUUCGACUCGGUCCUCAAGCCGCUCUGGAAGGGUAUCAGACAGCACAGAGGAAAGGGUCUGGCUGCUUUCCUCAAAGCCAUCGGUUACCUGAUCCCACUGAUGGACGCCGAGUACGCCAACUACUACACCAGAGAGGUGAUGCUGAUCCUCAUCAGAGAGUUCCAGUCCCCCGAUGAGGAGAUGAAGAAGAUUGUACUUAAGGUGGUGAAGCAGUGCUGUGGCACUGAUGGUGUGGAAGCCAACUACAUCAAGACUGAGAUCCUGCCUCCCUUCUUCAAGCACUUCUGGCAGCACAGGAUGGCUCUGGACAGACGCAACUACAGACAGUUGGUGGACACCACAGUGGAGUUGGCCAACAAAGUGGGAGCGGCAGAGAUCAUUUCUCGCAUCGUUGAUGACCUGAAAGACGAGGCGGAGCAGUACAGAAAGAUGGUGAUGGAGACCAUCGAGAAAAUCAUGGGCAACCUGGGUGCUGCUGACAUCGACCACAAGCUGGAGGAGCAGCUGAUCGACGGUAUCCUGUAUGCCUUCCAGGAGCAGACAACCGAGGACUCCGUCAUGCUGAACGGUUUCGGCACAGUGGUGAACGCCCUCGGGAAGCGCGUGAAGCCCUACCUGCCUCAGAUCUGCGGUACGGUGCUCUGGCGUCUCAACAACAAGUCCGCCAAAGUCCGUCAGCAGGCCGCUGACCUGAUCUCCCGUACCGCUGUGGUGAUGAAGACGUGCCAGGAGGAGAAGCUGAUGGGUCACUUGGGUGUGGUGCUGUAUGAGUACCUGGGAGAGGAGUACCCGGAGGUUUUGGGUAGCAUCCUGGGAGCACUGAAGGCCAUCGUCAACGUUAUCGGUAUGCACAAGAUGACUCCGCCCAUCAAAGACCUGCUUCCUCGUUUGACUCCCAUCCUGAAGAACAGACACGAGAAAGUGCAGGAGAACUGCAUCGACCUGGUGGGCCGGAUCGCUGACAGGGGGGCUGAAUAUGUGUCGGCCAGGGAAUGGAUGAGGAUUUGUUUUGAGCUGCUGGAGCUGCUGAAAGCUCACAAAAAAGCCAUCCGCAGAGCUACCGUCAACACGUUCGGUUACAUCGCCAAAGCCAUCGGCCCCCACGAUGUCUUGGCCACUCUGCUCAACAACCUGAAGGUCCAGGAGCGUCAGAACCGAGUCUGCACCACCGUGGCUAUCGCCAUCGUGGCCGAGACCUGUUCCCCGUUCACGGUGCUGCCAGCGCUCAUGAACGAGUACCGCGUGCCGGAGCUCAACGUGCAGAACGGCGUUCUCAAGUCGCUCUCCUUCCUGUUCGAGUACAUCGGUGAAAUGGGCAAGGACUACAUCUACGCCGUCACACCGCUGCUGGAGGACGCGCUCAUGGACAGAGACCUGGUCCACAGACAGACGGCCAGUGCGGUAGUCCAGCACAUGUCUCUGGGCGUCUACGGCUUCGGCUGCGAGGACUCCCUCAACCACUUGCUGAACUACGUGUGGCCCAACGUGUUUGAGACGUCGCCGCAUGUGAUCCAGGCCGUCAUGGGCGCCCUGGAGGGGCUGCGGGUCGCCAUCGGGCCCUGCCGCAUGCUGCAGUACUGCUUACAGGGUUUGUUCCAUCCGGCCAGGAAGGUGCGAGACGUCUACUGGAAGAUUUACAACUCCAUCUACAUCGGCUCCCAGGACGCCCUCAUCGCUCACUACCCACAAGUCUACAACGACGACAAGAACAUGUACGUCCGCUACGAGCUGGAUUACGCCUUGUAAAUACGAAUUCACGCGCUCUCCGCUUCACUCUCCAUUGUCGUCCCUGGUCUCUGUCUAGGACCGAGUCCGUUUCUAUUUAGCAACAGUGAUGUUUCCCAGGGUGCAACAGUCCAACACUGGCUGCAUUCAGCCUCUGUUUGAUGCCACUUUAUUGACCCUGAAUUAAAGAAUGAGCAUGACGUUAGGAGGAACAAGAGGAACAUUGUAAGAGUCUGUAUGUAAUUUUCUUUUCUUUUUUUACUCUUUGAGUGUUCACUGUAAGGAAUGGCCGAGGUCAGACUAGCCUUGAUUUGAAGAACGCAGAGCAAGUCGUCACGUUUUAAAUAUUUGGAUUUUUUUUUGUUAGUGUGUAAUUAGAGGCCUCUGUACCGGCUGCUCCCUUUACACACCUCUCCUCGUUCCACACCUCUGUUCUUAUUAGGUUGUUGCUUUAUUUAACCGAAUAAAAUGUUUGUGUAUAAAAAUCCAA